AAAGCUAUUAUCGAGAUAAAUGAUGAUAUCUUUUUGAUCUGGUGUAGGAGUGAGCAACCUGUCCUCUCACACCGUGAGUGGAAUCCCUCGGCAAUGUACAUGUGGCCAAUUAUCUGUGAUGAAGACUUCAAAGACCCCGAAAAAUCCUGGUAGACUCUUUCAUUGUUGUCCUUACGGAUCGGAGGAGAGUAAGAAUCAUUUGUUUAAGUGGACCGACAUAUCCAUGGUUGAAGAGAUGGAAAGUGUUAAAAGGGUGGUUAAGACUCUGGAAGAAGACUUGGAAGUGAUAGAGAAGAAAUUCAAAGAAUUUGAAGAUUUUAAGGAACAAACACAGAAAGAGAUUGAAGGUCUUAAGUGUGGACUGUUGCUAUGUGGGAAAGAUAGAGAAGAUAUUUGUGUGAAGAACAAAGUAUUUAUCUUUGGUGGUUUAAUCAUGGCUUUCGGAUUCUAUGUAUUAUUCAGUUGAGAGUAGAGUUAGUAGAUUUAAGUAUGAAAUGUAAUGUAUGUGUGGGACUACUUAUUCUAUGAAUUAUGUUUCCAUUAUGUUUCAUCCGACUCAAGUAAUCCGAUUUGUUAAGACUCA